GGUGCUUUUCUCCCUCCAAGGCCAGGGUGGUAGCACUUAAGAUGGAGGGAGGGCUUUCCGUCUUCUUUGGGGAGGCAUGAUGGAGCUGUGACUGCUCCUUCUCUCCCUCCCAAACCAGACUGCUAUAUUGAAUCAGCUGCAGUGGUGCCUUCUUUAACUGAGUGCCAUCCAGAGCUAUUCCACUGUGGCCCAACCGCAGUCAGUGUUGGUGCAAACUAUAGGACAGGCUCCAAAUCACAGACAGCUGAUUGUCACUUAGCUUUUGACUUUUAACUUUGGGUGGGGGAGUCAGUAUGGUGUGAUGGUUGUAGUGUGUUUUAUGUUUUCUGGGGCUAUGAGUUUUCCACCUUCCAGACACCUCCAUAAUUCCCAUGGUCACUUGGGAAGGCUGUGAAAACCAUCCAGUCACAUUGUGGGUGAUGGGGCGCGGAGGAGGUAAAGCACAGGCUUCUCUCUGGUCCAUGUCCUAGCUAGAUGUCAGGCUGUAGCACCCACAUCACCAGUUUACUUCCCUCAUCCCUAGCCUUUAUCCCUAUUUUCCUGUUCAUAGCUUUGUGAGUUUGUUUGUGGCAUAUGUGAGCACUGGAGAUUUUAUUUUCUCCCCACCUUUGGGUGUUUUCUAGCAUGGGCCCUGAUGCAAUUGGGGUGAGAGCCUGGGUUAGAGAAAGGCAGGCCGUGACCUUGAACAUUGCAGAAUCCAUCUUCUUUUGUUACAGUAGGAAGACAAAUGUUGUGUGGUGUCAUGGAGAUAUGUGAUAGAAUAGCUAUUAAGAGUUGGGUUUAGCAGGAACCCUUUAUGUGUCUUUGUUCUUCUUUAUCCCAGAACAUUGUAAGCAUAGGGGGCACUGGAUAACAUGCUUGUGGUUUGGUAAAUAAAAGGGAGAAGGAUCCAAAUAUUAAAUGCACAUCUUGUUUUUCAGGAUUGCCACAGUGUUUCCUGUUCCUCUCUUCCUGUUUAUUGAUUUGGUUCUGCAGCUGUUUCUUUUCUUUAUUGACUAUUCCAAUUUGUUUUGCUUUUCCUUAAUUAUGAAUGCUAUAUUUCUUUCCAGUCUUGCAACUGAAGAAAUCCUUAAAAACUCCCAUGCUAUCAUGGCUAGCAUCCAGCCUGCAAAAGAAGAAAGGUAUCAGAUUGUAUACAGACAAGGAGACCUUUUUACCUGUCCUGAAACAAACUCCUUGGCUCACUGUAUCAGUGAGGACUGUCAUAUGAGUGCUGGCAUAGCUGCAGUUUUUAAGAAGAAAUUUGGUGGUGUUGAGGAGCUUUUGAACCAACAAAAGAAGACUGGAGAAGUGGCUGUUCUGAAGAGAGAUAACCGAUAUGUGUACUAUUUGGUAAUUAUUACCAAGAACAAAUACUUUCAUAAACCGACAUAUGAUAAGCUACAAAAGAGUUUAGAAGCUAUGAAAUUCCAUUGUGUGGAAAAUGGUGUAACUCACAUUUCUAUGCCUAAGAUUGGCUGUGGACUUGACCGCCUGGAUUGGAGAAAGGUUUCAGCAAUGCUUGAAGAAGUAUUUGAGGGUACAGGUGUUUAUAUUACAGUUUAUACUCUUUAAUUCUUAUAACAUUUUUCUUACUGUCUUGUUUGUGUGAUUGUAAUUGAUUUGGAAGAAUUUAGUUGCAAAAUCUUAAUUUCAUCAUUUUUCUAGUCUUCCAGAUAUUUCUUAUUUUUCUUGGUUUUCAGUCACACUAUUGUAAAAAAAAAAAUGCAUUGAUGUGUUUUGGUUGCAGCAAGCAUUGGUAUUCAAUCUUGCAUUUAAGAAUUAAGACCAAAAAGUGUGGCAUUUAAGUGUUCAGUUAUUAAAGAUGUAUAUGUUCAGUUAAAAGAAAUAAAACAGUGAAAGUAAAACAACCUUUCGAACAUGAAUUAUUAUUUGAAAUGGUUCAGUCUGUCAUUGGGCAAAUACUAGGACCCACAUGCACAGCCUGUUACACUGCUGAAAUUAAUGAGAAAUUUUGCAUAUUAAAGAACUUGGUGUACCUAAUGUCACUGUGUUGAAUUCUAGGAAAGUUUUGUUAAGGCCAAAUGUGGAAAAAUAGAGAAAUUAGAACUAGACAACAUAAUUGAAUAACUGGAUUUUCCCCCAGACUUUGCCAAAUAUAGACUUAUCUUCUGCAGUACCUGCAGUACCUGUACUUGAUCUUGUAAUAUAUAUUUUCCGUAUUUUCCAAAUUAAUUCUUUAUGUAUAAUACAUACUUGAAUAUGUAUGUAGAAUAGAUGCUUGAAUAUAUGUAUAUAAUUCAGUUAGCAUAUUUCCUUGAAUAACUGUAUAAUGUGCUUCCUAAAGGAUCUCGGGACCAGAUAAUACAAAUGUUAAAAAAUAAAGAUAUCCUGAAGAUUG